AUGGCCGAUCAGUCCCAAGAGCUAAAGUUGGCGCCAACAUCUGCUCCAUCCACCUCAACCAAUCAAAAACCGGCAAGGAAACCCGUAACCAAGACUGUUAAACAAACAUCUACUAAAUCAGCACUAACACCAACAAAACAGAGGACUUUAAGGCAGAAGGUCCUUACCAAAACAGCGUCGAGAAACCUGCAAGAAGAGGAAGACCUAGCACGAGUCCCCGGCGACAGCCCCGUCCUGACUCCAGAAUCGAGACAAAACACCGAAGUAGCGACGCCCUCGCCCCCUUCAUCCGCCAGCUCUGUCAUAGACAGCAUUAACCAGGACGCACAAUCCCCCGAAAACACAGGACGAGAUCCGGCCUCGGAGGAUAGUGACAGCUCGGUGGGCUCCAUUCCAUCUUAUUUCCCCGACAAUGACACAGUCCCAUUGCAGAGAAAGGGGAGAAAAAGCCUGCUAUUCACCACCAAGAGAGGCAGAGGAGUAGAGAUGGACGCUGCUACUAAGGAGGCUAACACCUUACUCCUGAACGGUAAAGAAGCUCUGGAACAGGCGACAAACAUCAAAAAGGAGCUCAAAACAACAGCCCUUGAAAGUAUGCAGGCCCUUUACGAGAUCGUACUAUCCCUCUCUGAUUCCAGAUCAAGACAUAAAAAUAAUCUGGAAAAAGAGAGAUCGCGCCACGCGCAGGAGCUUGUGCGACUGGAAAGGGCCCACUCAAAGAGCUUAGAAGAAAUCACCGCCGAAAUGAGGAGUACGAGGGAAACACUAGCCACAAACCUCAAGGAAACAACGGACAUAAGGAAAUGGCUAGAGUUCGAAACACGGGACCCUCACAUACAGAUCAAAGACACAGCCAGACUGACGAACGAGAUAGCCAACAAAGUAACAAAACUCAUCGACCCUUCCACCAAAAAGUGCCACAGUACCUCCAGCGACCAACAAUGGGAGCUCGUCAAAACAGACAUCGGUACCGUCAUAAGAAUUACAUCAGAUACACGGAACCAGAUUGAUGAGCUCCGCAAAGGUAUGUCCAACUUAGAUACCAUUACAAACAACAUAAGGAAAAACCUGAAGAAGGAAAAUAAUAAACCCCCACCACAACCAACGCAGUCGGUCGAGAACAUAGAAAAGAAGUUUGACGCGUUGAAGUCGGAAAUUAAAAACCUCGGUGAUAGAUUUAAAGAGGAUGCUGCCACAAAACAACCGCAGAAGCCGAUCCAACUGGGUGAACACCUGCUGCCCAUCACAGAACGGCUUAAAGCAGUAGCAUCAGACAUAAAAUCAAUGACAAUGCGUUACCACCCAAGAUCAUAA